CGUUGACAACGAUCAACACUCAAUUCCUUUCAUUUGGUCGACGAAGAUUAUCUGGACAAGAUGAGCCUUACAUAUGGAAUUGGUGGCGCUACCACAGCAUUGGCUGUGGUCGGGGCUUGUAAGUUUUGAACUCUUGCUUGAUUUGAUGAAUUAAAGCUAACCAGUGCUGCUACUAGACAUGCUCUUUACUGGCGAUGGAGAAGCUUUCAAUGUAUGAAUUUCGCAGAGCGAUUCAAGCAGAGCGGUCAUUAAUAAGAACAAUAGGUCGGACAAUUUCUCGAAGAAAUAUCGCCAUAUGCGUGGGCAGAUAUGGGUAUCGGCAUGUGUAUAGGAUUGUCAGUUGUUGGGGCAGCAUGGUACAGAAUAGUUUCGCCCCUCAUCCUUGAAUUUGGGCUUACACAUAUUCAGGGGAAUCCUUAUAACCGGUUCUUCGAUCCUUGGUGGUGGUGUUAAAGCUCCUCGCAUUCGAACCAAGAAUCUUAUAUCCAUCAUUUUCUGCGAGGUAGUCGCUAUUUACGGCGUCAUUAUGUCCAUCGUCUUUUCGUCAAAGCUCGGUCUCAUGGAAAGCGAGAAUCUAUACUCUGCUAGCAACUACUAUACUGGAUACGCUUUAUUCUGGUCUGGCAUAACAGUGGGAAUGUGCAACUUGAUAUGCGGUGUUUCGGUGGGCAUCAACGGUAGUGGUGCUGCUUUGGCAGAUGCUGCUGAUCCAAGCUUGUAAGUUGGAUAGGCUCAUCCAACCGAGGUGUAUAUGCUAAUUCAUGCCAGAUUCGUCAAGAUUUUAGUUAUCGAGAUCUUCAGUUCUGUACUUGGACUUUUUGGUCUCAUCAUCGGCUUGUUAGUAUCAUCAAAGGCACCAGACUUCGAAUAGAGAAUAAGCGGUGGACGGAGGAGGGUUUCAAAUAAAUGGAAAGAGGUGUUAGAUAAAUGACUGUUGUGUACGUGUAUAUCAUCCAAGUGGAAGUCGACGAACGGCGUUCAGGUAGAAAUCCAUUUUAAGCAUUCUUGGGAUUUUAGGCAAGCACGCAUUAAUAUUACUCUUAUUAAACGGUGGUAGUGCUAGACUGUAUUAUCAAAUCUGCCAUUGUGGUAAAUGGAACUUACAUGCUCUCAGACAUGCA